AUGUACGCCACACCAUGCCAUGCCACAGCACGCCACGCCACGCCACAGCACAUCAUGCCACACCAUGCCAUGCCACAGCACGCCACAGCACAUCAUGCCACACCACAGCACGCCAUGCCACAGCACAUCAUGCCACACCACGCCAUGCCACAGCACACCAUACCACACCACGCCAUGCCACAGCACAUCAUGCCACACUACGCCACGCCACAGCACGCCAUGCCACAGCACAUCAUGCCACACCACGCCACGCCACAGAAGAGCACGCCAUACCACACCAUGCCAUGCCAGAGCACAGCACGGCAUGCCACACCACGGCACACCAUGCCAUGCCAUAGCACAGCAUGCCAUGCCACACUACGGCACGCCAUGUCACACCACGCCAUGCCACACUACGGAACGCCAUGUCACACCACGCCACACUACGGCACGCUAUGUCACACCACGCCAUGCCACACUACGGCAUGCCAUGUCACACCAUGCCAUGCCACACUACAGCACGCCAUGCCACACUACAGCACGCCAUGUCACACCACGCCAUGCCACACUACAGCACGCCAUGCCACACCACGCCAUGCCACACUACGGCACGGCAUGUCACACCACGCCAUGCCACAGCACGCCAUGUCACACCACGCCAUGCCACAGUACGCCAUGCCACAGCACGCCAUGUCACACCACACCAUGCCACAGCACGCCAUGCCACAGCACGCCAUGCCACAGCACGCCAUGCCACAGCACGCCAUGUCACAGCACGCCAUGUCACACGACGCCAUGCCACAGCACGCCAUGCCACAGCACGCCAUGUCACAGCACGGUCAACCAGAUGCCCAGGCCAAAUAUCCCACCCUUUCGGGUCCCUAG